GUUUUACUGUUAUGAUAUGUUUUGUCUAUAGACGCACUGGAUAGUGUACAUGUGGUGCUUGUGUUGCUGUUGGCUGCUUGUGUGAGUGCUGCGCUGUUGGAAUGACUCCAGUGACCGAACAGCAUGUGUGAAAGUGACGCUGACUCGUGCUUUUCUGCAGCACAAACACGCGCAAUAUAGCGUGAAGAAUAUUGUUCCGUCAGUAAAUAUAUGCAAAUCUAACAAUACAGUAAACCGUAAUGCCGUAAAUCAAUGAAACGUGGCCUAGUUUUUAGAAAAAAAGCAAUCGAGCAAAAAAUCAUUGUUUACACUUGACAUCAUGCAGAGCCUUUAUAAAAAAAAGCACACAUUAAAUGUGGUUGUAAAAUACGAGUAAGACUGAGUUGGGAUUCUGCACAUCAGCGAGCGUGCGUGACGUCACAGCGGUCCCCCGGAGGAUGUGCGAGGAGUGCGCGCGCAGGCUGCUGAGCUGUUACAGCUGAUUCUGUGCAUUUAAACAUUAUGGACAGCUGCGUUUCGCAAACCUGGCAUCUAUUUCGGUAUAUAUAGGAAGCAGAAGUCCGUCACCAAACGCUGCAAAAGAAAAAGCAUCGGCCUCGCGAUGGAACGUCUUCUUCAUUCACCUGGCAGGACACGGGAAGAGUACCGGUACCAAGCGGCACGUCCUUCAUCACAACCUACCUCGAGGUCUGCCUAUGGCACCACAACCCCACUGAGAGGACACGAGAUCGUAAGUGAUUUCGGGGCAAAAUCUUUCGAUAGCCUAGAUUUUGCGAACAAACGCGCAGGUGCGAUGCCUUUGAGGAAAGUGAGUGAGAAAGAGUUACUGCAGGGGCUGAAUGACCGCUUCGCAGGAUUCAUCGAGAAGGUUCAUCACCUGGAGAACCAAAACAGAGCACUAGAGAGAGAAAUUGAGGACAUUAGACUCAAAGCUAAAUCCUCUGCAUCGCUAUCCAAAGAGUAUGAAUGUGAACUGAACGAUCUGCGGCUGCAGGUGCACGACAUGACGCUUCAAAAGCAUCAGAUAGAGAUAAACCGUCAGAACCUGGAGGAUGAGUUCAACACUAUACAAGACAGGUACGACCGAGAGACGCGUGGUCGAGUUGGUGCUCAAGACAACAUCACGGUGCUGAAGAAAUGCAUCAACGAUGCGUAUCUAACCAAACAAGAGAUGGACAGGAAAGCAAGAGCACUUGAGGAUGAGAUCAGAUUCCUGAAGGCGAACCACGAGAGCGAGGUGGCAGAAAUGAUGGUCCAGAUGCAGGACAGUCAGGUUAUAGCAGAAAAGAGUGAUUUUAUUAGGAGUGAUCUCACUGCAGCUCUGAGAGACAUCAGGAUGAAGCUUGAAGGUCACACUGCAUCUGACACCAGAUACGCUGAGGAGCGCUUUAGAGCGCAACUCGCCAAAUUGACCAAAGCUGCUGAGGUCAACAGAGAAGCCCUCAUGGCAACUAAAGCAGAGAUUCAGGAGCACAGGAGACAGCUGCAGUCCAAGAACAUUGAGCUCGACUCUGUGAAAGGUGUGAGAGAAGCAUUGGAGAAGCAACUCUAUGACCUGGAGCAACGCCACAAUGCUGAAAUGCAUCAUUAUCAGGACACAAUAAGAGAGCUGGAAUUCGAGCUAAAAAAUUCUAAAUAUGAAAUGAGCAGCCAUCUCAGAGAAUAUCAGGAUCUUCUCAAUGUGAAAAUGGGACUGGAUGCUGAAAUCUAUUCCUACAGAAAACUUUUGGAAGGUGAAGAGUCAAGGUACUCUAUAAUCUCAGAUGCACAUAUUACAGUUCCAUACAUUUAUAGACAGUCACCCAUCUAUACUCUCCCUUGUGUCACAAGGCAGGGGGGAGGUCGCAGAGCAGAGCCUCAGUAUAAAUUUGUUGAAGAGAUCAUUACAGAGACAACCAGAGAAGAUGUGGAGAUUUUGGACACUGGGUCUGAAAAGAGCGGGGAGGGUGACCAACCAGAUGAGGAGAGCGGUGAGAAAGAUAGAGAAGGUGACGUUUCACAAGAGGUUAAUGAUGAAGAACCAAAAGCAGCGAUGGAGGAUAGUGAUGGGGGGGACCCUAAAGUAGAGGCAGAAGAAGAUGAAGUCAAACCAGAUGAAGAGAAUGGUGAGAAAGAUAGAGAAGGUGACGUUUCACAAGAAGUUAAAGAUGAAGAACCAAAAGCACCGGUGGAGGAUAGUGAUGGGGGGGACCCUAAAGUAGAGGCAGAAGAAGAUGAAGUCAAACCAGAUGAAGAGAAUGGUGAGAAAGAUAGAGAAGGUGACGUUUCACAAGAAGUUAAAGAUGAAGAACCAAAAGCACCGGUGGAGGAUAGUGAUGGGGGGGACCCUAAAGUAGAGGCGGCAGAAGAUGAAGUCAAACCAGCUGAAGAGAAAGAUGAUGUAGAAGACAAGCCAGAUGAAAACAUGACAGAUGAUUCUGAGGUACAUCAAGACAAGGACACUGACUCUAAACCAACUCAAGAUGAAAUUCUAACAAAAAAUGCAAUUGAAGAAAAAGAUGAAGGAAAAGACACAAAGAACGUACAGCACAAGGAUCUAAAAGAUGAUAUGACUGGAGAAACAGAAAUAGCACAGUCAGAUGUACCCAGAGAAGACAAUGUAAAGAAGACAGAUGAACCAGCUAAAGAGUCAGAGAAAGAUAUCCCGAAAUCAGAUCUGUCAGAAGACCUGUCAGUAGAAAAAUCGGAUAAAACUGUACCCGACGAGAAAACUUCUGAGGAGCCGCACAAUCCUGAAACAACAGCUCAAAUAAACAAUAAACCCAGUGAGGAGGUUAUUAAGGUUACUUCUCAAGAAUCUGAAGAUGAUGGACACAAAGAUGCUACAUUCACAUCUCAGGAAUCCAAGACCGCAACCACAGCAGACCAAGAGAAAGAAACAACUCCAGUGAAAUCCAUAGAUGUAAACGCUCCCACACUGAACCCACAGCCAGCACCUGAAAAUACUGAGAAUGGACAACAGACGGCUUCAGGACAUGCAGAGGACAAGUCAAAGAAUAUAAGUUCCCUAAAAAAUGAGAUUUCAGGGACGGCCAAUAUAGAAGCUAAAAAAUCUGAGCGUAUGGAGAAAGAUCAAGGUGACGCAAGCAAAAUAACCGAGGCUGAGAAACCUUUAGAGAAACCAAACGAGAAAAAAAAGGAAGAGGAAGAAAAACCGAAGGAAUCCACAAUAAAAGAAGACAGCAAAGCUGAUGGACUGAUAGACCGUGUAAGACCUGAGAAAGCAGAAGUUGGCAAAUCAAAUGCACCAGAAAAACCACAGGAAGAACUUUCUAAAGUUGCAUCAGAAAAAUUGAAGUCUGAAAUGAAACAGGAGGACAGCAAAGACAGCACAGUGAAAACAAGCGAAGGAGAAACUAAAGUCACAGACGAGAAGGUUGAUGAAGCACAGAGUAAUGAAGCCGCUAAAGCCAAGGAAGCAAAGCCGGUGCAAAAAGAAACUCAAGAGAGCGAAGUGAAGAAGCCUGAGAAAGCUGAAGGGGCUGUAAAAACCGAAGGACCUCAGACUGACAGUGGAAACACCAAAGAUGUUAAAAGUGAAGAUACUGUCCCAAAAGAAAGCAAACAAGCAGACAGUGGUGCACAUGAAGUGAAGGCCGUAGUAUCUGAUUCAAUAACCAAACCAGAAGCAAAAGCUCUGGAGAAGACAAGCAAGGAGGACAGCGUGAACAUGAAAGGUCCUGGAGAAACAAGCAAAGCCCUUUAAUGUUCAGUAGACAAAGACAUGGAAUGUGCAAAUAAAAAAAUUUGAGGAAUGUAAUAUACAUUAUACACAACUGCAUGAUUAUUAGAUAAAGGUACAGUUCACACAAAAAUGCCAUCUGCCAUCAUUUACAUCAGAUUGAUCAAAGCCUGUAUAAAUGUCUUUAUUCUGCU